UGGGCCCUGCCACCGAGUUCCGAAUACGCUAUUUUAGCCCGGAAUAGCGUGAUUCCAUACGUGCAAGUGUCAAGGUGAGGGCUGUCGCAGGAAGUUAUGAGAUAUAGAUUCAAUCAUGGUACGCAUUCUUAUCAGGCAGCAGCAGAAUAUCGAUUCGCAUCUGCUGAUCUUCGACGGGAGAAUGUUUUUAAACCUACUGACAACGAAGUUCUGACUACCAUUAUCAUUUCCACAGUUCUGAGACCUUGACCGGAGCAUUGACGUAAGUUCAAUAGGCCUACACUUCCCGUGCUUCAGGGGGUUGCCUUGAGCAGUGCCUGACCGCCCUAGCUGGACUCGACCACCUGCUGUGCAACACGUUGAUUUUGAACCUCGGAGAGUGUCUCGCGACAGUCUACAUCUCAUUUGACUACUAUACUGAACGUGCGGUCAGACUUCAAGCUUUCAGCUCUGGGUAGUUUUGCUGUCUGAGUUGACGGUGGCUUCAAUGCCUUUCCUAAUGGCACCGAGCCGCACUCUUGCUGACCUCUACGCAAGCUUGAACAAGGUCAACGAAGAAUUAAGGACGUCGCGGCAAGCACUCCCCUUGGCCACGUCCAAAUUGGCCAAUGGCUCAUUCGCUGCUGGUAACUCUGGAAAGCCCAGUCGAGAUGCAGCAUUGCAAAGGCGCGCUCUGGAGGCGAAACAAAGCUCGUUGAGGGCGACCAUACGUGCAGAGUCUAAUCACGGGAUCCGGCCACUUGACAUACGAGACCUCCCCGACGAAAUCUUGUGUCAAGUGUUCACGCAUGUGCGAGGCGCUCCGUACGUGGAAGAGGCCGACGGCCUCGAAUGCCUGCGUUACACUGCCAAGGAUAUCAAGAACGUGCGGCUUGUUUGUCGGUGGUUCUGUGAUGUCAGCUCUGACAUGCUUCUCAGUUUUCUCGAAAUUGAUAUAACCCCAGAGUCAAUUUUGCGCGUUCAAGAGAUUUCCCAGCAUCCCAUCAUUCGCAAGGGCGUCCAUGCUGUUAAGAUUCGAAUGCAAGUUUAUAGUCAGUUCCUGGCUGAAAGCCUGGCAACUUUUGGCGCAUAUCACAUUGGUCAGCUGCGCAAAGAGAUUCGAAGACUGGAGGGCCUUCGGGAAUGGAGCAACAUUGAAAAGGACAUUAAGAAGGCAAACCUCAUAAUUGCUGCAUGGGCCGCUCUUUUCCAGGAUGCGUCAGAUCCGUUCUAUACGCAAGACGAGAGAUAUCUACCUUAUCAAGUUCUCUUCAAAGAAGCGCAUGAAGAAUAUGUGGGUCGGGGAAAGUCACAAAGAGACAUUAUGAAGAACGGUGCAUUUCUGAGAGCUGUACGUGCAGCUAUCGACACUAUGCCCCGUAUCAUGGGCUUACAUAUUUGCGGCGGUAGUUGGUUUGACAAUGUACGCAUCAAUUUUGGCAUCUUGAAGAGUGAUGAUAUUCUUCGGCAGGCUCUCUUGCUUCCCAUGGCUUUCCAGGAAACAGAGAGAAUUGACGUCAAGGAACAUCGAUUAUUACUAGAGAUGAUCACCAAAUUACCUUGUGGCAUCCGCACUGAAGCCAAACCUGGCAGGAAUGGUACAAAAGGACAUGAGCCACUGUGUUAUGCUCUUCAAUUGGGAAGACUAACCAUCAGCAAUAUUCGUGUCACACAACCCUGGCUAGAGUAUCUUUGCGACAGUGUACAUGGCUCAGCAGUACAAAUUACACUCAAGGACCUGAAUCUCUGUUCUGGCACAUGGGCGAGCGUGCUAAAUUAUAUGCGCCAAAACCAUAACGCCAAUGAAUGGUUCUUAACCAACCCGGCUGGUGCGGAAUGCGAUGAAUUCCCGAGCGAAGAGAAGAGACGGAUAUUCGGGAACCCAAGAUCCAGAUCAACGGACAGUCUUAGCCUAGCAGAACGAUACAUCGCUCGCUACCCAGAUUCUACAAACCCUUUGGCAAUUGCCGAGGAUGUUGAAUAAUGAAUAUAUGGGUAGGGCGCAGUAACCACAGGUUGGUCGCACGGCCUGCUCAGGAGUACGCGACAAGGGAAAAUGCUGUAACGUAUUGGACCCAUGCCUUUAAAGCUACGCUGGCUACGCGAUCCUUCAUGACAUAUGGUCUGCAUCGAUUACCGAUUGGUGUCGGCUCGUUUCACUGCCAAUUACUCCAACGAAUCUUGUCUGGGACAUCAAAACGCCCUUCCACCUAGAUUUUGCAGGCUUACCUUGGGAACGAACGGAACGUUAUGCACCUGGCGCUGAAGCAA